CGAGCACGUUCCCCAGCCCUCUCUCCUUUCCGCAAUCCUAUCGCUCUUUCCUCAACCCCCUCACUCUCUCUAUUCAUUAUAUCAUUCAAGUUCCUUAAAUCAGUGACAUCGCUUAGAUAGCGAAUACUCUCAAUCAUGAAGUCUUCUAUCAUCUUUGCAGCUGGGUCCCUUCUUGGGUCCGCUAUGGCUGGCGUCCACAGGGCACCGUUGAAGAAGGUCCCGCUGACGGAGCAGCUUUCUCAUCAUGACAUUAACACCCAAAUGAGGGCCCUUGGCCAAAAAUACAUGGGAAUCCGCCCGGAGAAGAUUGACGAGGAAAUGUUCAAGACCCAAGAAAUCAAAACUGAUGACGGCCACCCAGUCCCAGUUAGCAACUUUCUGAAUGCUCAGUACUUUUCGGAAAUUACCAUCGGAACCCCCCCUCAAACCUUUAAGGUUGUUCUUGACACCGGAAGUUCUAACCUUUGGGUUCCCUCCUCCCAGUGUGGUUCGAUCGCUUGCUACUUGCAUAGCAAGUAUGACUCGUCAACUUCAUCUACCUACAGGCCGAACGGUACUUCUUUCGAGAUUCGCUACGGCUCUGGAAGCCUCAGUGGCUUCGUCUCUCAAGAUAACAUAGAGAUUGGCAAUCUUAAAAUCAAGGAUCAGACUUUUGCUGAGGCAACUUCGGAGCCUGGUUUGGCUUUUGCUUUCGGUCGGUUCGAUGGCAUUUUGGGACUCGGGUAUGACUCAAUCUCAGUCAACCACAUCGUUCCUCCCUUCUACCAAAUGGUCGAUCAAGGUCUUCUUGAUGAGCCUGUUUUUGCCUUCUACCUCGGCGAUAAGGAUGAUCAAAGUGAGGCUAUUUUCGGUGGUAUCGAUAAGGCCCAUUAUCAGGGCAAACUCAUUAAGCUCCCCGUCCGCAGAAAGGCUUACUGGGAGGUCGAAUUCGAGGCCAUAACCUUUGGAAAGUCGACUGCUCAAUUCGAGAACACUGGAGCUAUUGUCGACACCGGAACUUCUCUCAUUGCGCUCCCAUCCACCUUGGCUGAGCUCCUGAACAAGGAAAUUGGAGCCAAGAAGGGAUUCAAUGGACAAUACAGCGUUGAAUGCGAGAAGCGCGACUCUCUCCCAGAUCUCACCUUCACCCUUACUGGUCACGACUUCACCAUCACUGCCUAUGACUACAUUCUUGAAGUUCAGGGUUCGUGUAUUAGCGCCUUCAUGGGUAUGGACUUCCCUGAGCCCAUAGGGCCCCUCGCCAUAUUGGGUGAUGCAUUCUUGCGAAGAUACUACUCUGUCUAUAACUUGGGUGAUAAUACUAUCGGUCUUGCUAAGUCCAAGUAAGCCAAGACUGUUAAUGGAUGCUUGUGAAGACCAAUGGAGGUGAAGGCAUUUGUACGGUGUUGGGUAUGGGUUUUGGUCUGGCGAGUGGUUAUUAGUUUGUUUCACUUUCAUUUUGUUCAAGCAGAAUUUUUCGCACACGGCUUUUUGGGCCCAAUUAUUUCUUAUGAGGUUAUCUUGUUUUGCCGGGGGAAUUUGAACUUCUGAAAUCGGCCACAACAGCAUGUUUUCUGUGCAAUUGAUAUUUAAUUUUUUGACUCAA